GUAUUGACCUGUGCAUUGAUCUAUGUUUUGCCCUUGACAUGGCGCUUUCUUUUCAAACAGCGUAUUUUACAGCAAAUAGCUAAGAAGUAUGCAUCUGGGUGGCUAAUCAUUGACCUUGCCUCUACAUUGCCCAUCGACAAGUUUGUCAAUUGUCUGUCGGACGGACAAGCGAAUUCCGCCUUCCGGGCAUUCAAGAUGGUGCGAGCACUCCGCCUUGUUCGAUUAAUAAAAAUUCAGCAGAAACUGAAGCUUAAUGAACUUUCUGAACAGCUUGAAGAUGAAGCUGGGAUCAAUCCUGCAUUACUGAAGCUUGGGAAACCACUGGUAGUCAUGGGUGCGGUAGCCCAUGCCUUGACAUGCGUUUUCUUUGCAGCAGCCCGCGCCCACGAUAGAAGCUGGCUUGACCGUGCUGAUGACGAAAUGGAUGAUAGUGCAAAAUUGAGGAAUGAAGAGCGGACCACGCAAUACCUGACAACUAUGUAUUGGGCAUUUGCGACAAUGACAACAGUGGGGUAUGGUGAUGUAUACCCGACCCUAGGAAACGGGACCGGUCUCACGGUUACCAUAAUCUCUCAAGUUCUUGGUACGAUGAUCUUUGCGUACGUAAUUGGCAUACUUGUUGGAAUUGUCACCAACCUUGAUCCGGCAGAACGCCAUCGCAAGGCAGAAAAGGGCUAUCUCGCAGAUUUCCUUGCUGAAAUCCGUGAUAUUUCACCCACCUCGGAACUCCUCCUCCGCGUACGUCGGAACCAUAGCCACUGCCUUUCCAUUCGUGGCGUCUUUGAUGAACAUUCCAUUGUGGAUCUCUUGCCUCCCCAUAUUCGGAAUCCUUCGGUUAUAUAU